AUGGCCUCCGUCUUUGCCAAGCUCGACGUCGACGGGAACGGGGAGACCAAGGAUAUCGUAGUCUCUGACGCAUCCCGCCUCACCAACUACUACCUGGCCGCGUACAAAGACUUCUACGGCUUGCCCAGCAACCCUCCCUGCAUCUACAAGUCGGGCCCAGCCUGGCAUGAACGCACGGGCCCGGAAUCGUAUCGUAUCACUCGUGAAGCUCGCCCUGUCUACGACCACCCCAUUGCCAACCAAUGGCGCGCUUUCGGCACGAGCAUCUACCAGUUCCUCGACUCCCAGAGCAUCAAAUGGACUUCGAUCGACCCCGUCGCUUUUGCCGAAGAGGGGGAGGUGAAGCCGUUCUGCCCACUCCUUAUGUGGAUUGGGGUCUAUCCAGAGUCUCUCCUCUACAACGCUGCCGUGGCUGCGGCUGAGGCCAUCAAGGAGAUCCUCGCUCAGGCUGGUUUCCCCAAAAUCGAAGUCGCCUUCCGCGAGUCGGUCGUCACCCGGUCUAUCGCUCCGGGCCCCAAGUUGCUCCCCUUCAACCCUCUUCGCGACCCCGUCCCUGAACUCCUCAAGCCCUUCACGCCCACGCUCGGCCUCUCCAUAGCGCCGCUGAGGACGCCGUACUACGAGGGCACAGGUGCCCUAUACCUCCGCGUCAGCAGCGCCGACAAGCGCACCCUCCUCCUCACCGCCGCCCACGUUGCUCAUCCUCCUCCCGUGUUCGCCAACACGGGCAUGUCGCGCAGGCGCAACAGCCAGGCUGCCGAGGAGAUUGUUGCGCUUGGAGACAAGGGCUACAGCAACGCUGUCACGAGCAUGUUGAGUGCGAUCGGUGACCUUGCUAGCUCGAUCGACAUCUGGAACGACAAUAUUGCCAGGCUGCCCGAGCCUGCCGAGGGCGAGGAGGAGGAUGAGGACACGGCCGACAAGCGCCAGGAGUACCUGGACCUGGUGAACAAGGCGAACAAGAAGAUCGAGAAGAUAAACAAGCUUCACGGCGACGUCACCCGGUUUAGGACGACCCCGGAGCAGCGCACCAUCGGUUUCGUCCGCCACGUCGAACCCAUUGCCGUCAGCGACGGACCCCACCAGUUUACCCGCGAUUGGGCGUUGAUCGAACUCUACGAGGAAAAGAUCGACUGGGGCUCAUUCAAGGGCAACAAGGUCUAUAUUGGUGGGAACCUCUCGUCGUCCGACUACGGCAAGAUCAUGUUCCCACGACCCGAUGACCAGGCCGACUACAAGUACCCGCGCGACGGUCUCCUCCAGGCCUACGGUAUCGUGAAGGACAAAGAGAUCCGCUCGCCCCAGCACCUCGACUCCAACGGCUACAAGUGCCUCCACGCGGUGAAGAACGGCCUGGCCACAGGCACCACGGUAGGUCGCGUCAACGGGUUGGACUCGUUCACUCGCAUGUACAGCGAAUACGGCAUCGAACAGACGUCCGUCGAGGUAGCCGUCCUGCCUUACGACAGAAAGAGGGGCGCCUUCUCUUCCCCCGGAGAUUCUGGCGCCAUCGUCCUCGAGAGGGGCGGCGGUAUUGUUGGCAUGCUCACUGGCGGUGCCGGCGCGACUGAAGAGACCGAUACCACCUACCUGACCCCGUACUGGUGGCUCGACGAGCAGAUCAAGAAGAUACUUCCUGGCUGCUACCUCUACGACGUCGUCCAGUAG